UAGAGAGAGUAGCGGGGAAACGAACCUUUUUUUUGUUUCACUUUCCUUUUUCCUCUUCUCUCUCUUCUCUCUCUCUCCCUCACUAUGAAAUAUGUGUAUUUUUCGCUUUUAUACUUUUUUUCUUUUCUCUCGAUUGAUUUAUAAGAUAUGAGCUUUGUUUGAUUCAACGAGAUAUGCCUUCUCAGGAUGUGUUAUUGUUGUUGGCAAGAGUACUAGUAAGAAUUUGAUCAAAGGAAUACUUUAGUCUAAAUGGAUUCGAUUAGCACAACUCCUGUUCCAGCUUCUGAUAUUCCAAUUAACCAAGGUAAUAAUCGAUCAAUAAAUCGUAGGCUUUCAACUCGAUUUCCUUCAUCGAAAGAUGCCACAUACCCUGAUGACAUAGUUAAUGAAUUCGGGUCAACGAAUAGAUCAUUGAAUAGAAAUGCUAGUAAAGCUCAAAGAGGGAGCCCUAGCACGAAAUUUGACCCUUCAAUGUCGAUGAGAAGAUUAGGGACGGAUGGUGAAUGUGAAGACGAGGAGUCAGAAGAAGAAAAAGAAGAGGAAGAGGAACCGGUUAGAAUGUCAUUGAUGGCAUUGUUAGCGGAGUCAGAAGGUUCAUCAUACAUGAUGGGAGAGGACGAGGACGAGGACGAGGACGAGGAUGAUGGUGGUGGUGAUCAUUUAAAUAAUUGUUGUGUUUGUCAAGUUAGACAUAAAGGGGCAGCAUUUGUACCUUGUGGACAUUCAUUUUGCAGGUUAUGUUCAAGGGAACUUUGGGUUGAAGGAGCUAAUUGCCCACUUUGCAACAAUUUCAUAUUGGAAAUUCUUGACAUUUUCUAAUCAACUUUUCAUUCAACAUUCAUCAAAAUUUUAGAUUUAAUAUCAUUUUUUUUAAUAUUUUUUUUUUUGCAUUUCUUCUUUGUUUGUUAAUUAGAGCAAAAAAUGUAACUAGUUAAAAUUGAAGUUAAUGAAUACAUAGUAUUAGUGCACUUUUUUACUUUUA